AUGCCGCAGUGGGGCAUCACCUCGCUGUUGGCUGGGUACGCCCUCUUCUCCUGUUUGGGUUUGGCCGAAGGCCGUGCCAAGGCGGCCGUUGGCGCAGUCGUUCACCUGGAAUCCAAAGGUGGAUACAGCAGGAAGUUCGGAGCGCUCUACGCUGCCUGGUCGGAGCCGGUCGCCGUGGAGGGGCUGCAAGUGGUUCGACCCAGCGACCGCUUCGGCUGCUCCAAGCUGCCGAGGUACCGACCGGUGGAGGGCGGGCGAUGGGAGGGGGAGGGGGAGCCCAAAAUUCGGCCCUUUUCCGAAAUUUUGUGCGGUCAUGUGAUUCUGAGAGCGCUGGGUCGUCGGACAAUUCCAGCCCAAAGGUUGGAAUCCGCUGGUGCAAACUGGCAGCGCUUUCUGGCGUUGCGCUGCCAGGUGUCAUCGUUGCGCCCUGCUGGUGCAGCAGGGGUCAAGUCCUAA